GUCAAGUCCAAAGUCGUCGAACAUUUGAUAACUGAGUUGUGCCGUUAUUUCUACGUUAUAUGCACAAUAAUUUAUUUAUGGCUUUAUUCUUAACUAUUUCAGAAGUAUUAUAUAUUUUUAAAAGUGAUACAUAAUGGGCGAAGCUGUCUUGUCGGGAAAUGAACAUUUUUAUAAUAAUGGUGAAAUAGAAUGGCAGCCUUUAGCUUUAACUUUAGUCGAAUAUCCUAAAGGUGAUUGGAUUGGUAAAAUCUUUGCACUAAUAAGUUUGGCUCCCUUUGGUAUUGGCGCCGGGUUUGUAACACUAAUUUUAUUUAGACGUGAUCUGCACACAAUAGCUUUCUUUUUUGGGACUUUAAUAAAUGAAUUAUUGAAUAUAAUAUUAAAACAUUUAAUAUGUGAACCAAGACCACUUGCAAGAGGUCAUUUAUAUAAUGAAUAUGGAAUGCCAUCAUCCCAUGCUCAGAACAUAUGGUUUUUCAGCUUUUACGUCUUAUAUUUCUUUAUCAUAAGAUUACACCACAUAAAUAAUAAUAGUAUAAUUUCUGCUCUGUGGAGAGUCAUCAUAGUUGGUGGUUGUUUCAUUGUGGCUGUGCUUGUGAGCAUUGCCAGAGUGUACUUGCAUUAUCACACUGUAUCUCAAGUAGUGGUUGGAGGAAUCAUAGGAUUUUUGUUUGCAACAACUUGGUUCAUUGUUGUGCAUAGGGUUCUAACACCAUUAUUCCCACAACUAGUUUCUUUGAAAUUGUGUGAAAUUCUAAUGAUAAGGGAUACAACACUAAUCCCUAAUGUAUUGUGGUUCGAAUACACAAAGUCGCGACAGGAGGCGCGCGCGCGCGGCCGCAAGAUGGCGUCCUUGAAGACGACGCAAUGACGCUACGCCUGCGAGCGCGCGAGCUCUGCCGCCGCGCCGAAAAAACGGGCGUGACGCUUCGCUGCCGCCGCGGCCAUCGCGCUCAUCGGCGGUACUGUUUUUAUUAUAUCAGAACCUUUCUCUUUAAUCUUUUCCUGAGAUACGCUUUUAUUUUUAAAUUUAAAUUGUCAUUUUCCAAUUAAUAACAUAUAGUGACAUGUUAGUUUUAUGUAACAAUUGAUGUAACAGAAAAAAGAAAUGCAAUAAUUAUGGAUAUGAUAAGAAUAGCCUGGCAGCUUGACUUGUGCAUUUUAUACUGACAAUUUAUAAGCAAAAUAUGUAAGAAGGACUAGCACACGUUUUGAAGGUUGUGUCAUAGGAUAAUCAUAAAUUUUAAAAAAAGUGAAACUACAAAAAAGAUAAGUAAGUUUAAUAAAUAUUGCUGUGUUGUAUCAACUUA